UGGCAUGGAGAAAGAAAGAACAGGAGGGAAGGGCCCGUAAAAAAAGAAAUCUAUGACGAAUAGGAUAAUGGCAACGUACUUCCUUAACCUGACCAGGACUGACAAGAGCUGUGGGGCCAACGAAGAUCUAGUAUGCAUGAGGUUCAGGGGCACGGGGUACGGUACAUAUUAUCACUGCCUGACAGGCCUGUCGACAUCUGCUGGCGCUCAAACCCAUCGGGUUUCGGGCUGCGAUUGGCCCAGAUCGGAACCGAGUCCACUAACUGUUGUGUUGGGAGCUUCGCUGGAAUACCGGCGAAAGGGGCUAAAGAUGCUAGUGUGCCUUUGGUUCAAGAUCAAGAUCGCACGGCGAUAAGACCUAGAAAGACCUGUUUCAACCCUUGCAGCAAGGGAAAUGAGCAGAAACGACAAAGAAGAGCUAGAAUAAAAAGCAAAGAAAGGGAGAUUAGGGGGAAGAGCGAAAAAAAAAAGAAAAGAAAAGCAAAGAAAAGAAACGACAGGAAAAGUCUCAGCUGGAAAGAAGCUGGGCGAUGUGAUGACCGGACUACUUCUUCUCCCCGGUCACUUUAGACUGGUUGGACCAGGAGAGCUGCCAUUGGCAAUAGGACCAGCCACAGAAGAGAAAGAGCCAGUGGAACUUAUGAAUCCCAUUCUAUGUUCUCAAUAGUCGGGGGGGGGGCGGGAUUGAUUCCAUUCAAUCACGGUCAUCUCAAGAGCCCCAUGUCCAAGUCCACCACGUGUAUCUCCUAAAGGGACUAGUAUUGCCAACGCUGCACAUCGUCGUUAAUGGGAUCAAAGACAGCUGUUGGGUUUGAGCUGCAGGAGACCGCCCGUU